ACGGGGAGGUUAUACGCGUGCUCCCUCCCAGGCUCUCUUAACGUGGCUCUUACCUGACCUUACAUUGUGACCUUGCUGACCUUCCUGUUACCUCGACCCCGGUACUGUGACCUCGAGAGUGACCCCGGGAGAGCUGGCAGUGAAGAGCGGGACUGUAAGAAGCUGGAAAUAGUGAAAAAUAGGGAAAAAUAAGUAAAUUAGACAGACAGGCAGACAGACAGACAGACAAAGGUUAAUUCAAAAUGCUUCGCCUGUUUUCAAAAUUUGUGUUCCUUUUGGCGCUUCUCGUGACAGCCCAUUCGAAGCCCAGCACAGAGGAGACAGGGAGAACAGAGGAGGAGGAGGAGAAGGAGGAGGAGGAAGAGGAGGAGGAGUAUGUGGAGGAGGAGCCUGAAAUUCCACCUUCCUUUAGCUCCACCGGGCAAGACUUCAAGGUGGAGAUUGGUGGAGACAUAACGUUCCCUUGCCAAGUGGAGAACAAGGGGACGUUUCUCUUGAUGUUUAAGCGUGUGUUGCCGAACGGGGACCAUCGCAUGCUCUUCGUGGGAGACAUGAACCUGAAGCCCUCCAAGAGACUGAGCAAGAGUGGCGACUCGUUCAUCCUGCAGGGGGUGAAGAGGAGCCACGCUGGGAAGUACGUGUGUCGCAUCGAGUCCUCCCCAGCCAUAGAGAUUGUGCACUCCCUCGACGUGCAGUACCCAGCCACGGUGCGGCGCGUGAGUCCAGCCGUGCAGAGGGUGAGGCACGGCGCCAGCCUCACCCUGGAGUGCUCCGCUGACGGCAACCCGCCCGCCGCCAUCAGCUGGAGCAGACAGCAGGGCACACUCCCCUCCGGCGCCCAGGCUGAGGAGGGGCAGAGCAUCCACCUACAGGAAGUGGACCGUCACGUGACAGGGACCUAUGUAUGCACCGCCUCUAAUGGUGUGGGCCGCCCCUCCUCCUCCACCAUGAGUAUACAAGUGGAGUACCCGCCCCAGGUCACCACCAAGCAGGCAUCCCACCACUUGGCAGAAGGUGACAAGGCACACUUAGAAUGCCAGGUCGUAGGUCACCCAACCCCAAGUGUGAGCUGGACCAGGGACGGCCGACCUUUGACUCCUGACCCUCGUGUUGUCCCUUACCAUGGCCCCCUCCACCACAGCCUCACCAUCAGCCCCGUGCAGGAGGAGGACUUUGGGGACUACACCUGCUCAGCUCAGAACUCGUUAGGGCAAGGAGAGCGUACCUUGAAAUUGUCAGGACUCCCCAAGAAGCCUGUGAUGACCAGCAGCCCAGCGGGAGGCGAGGAGACGUCCUAUACCCUGACCUGGGAGGCAGAGAGUCCUUCCCUCAUCACCAUGUACCGCGUGGAGUACAGACCCAGGCAGUAUGCGAGUGGCAGUCCAUUUCAAGGCGAGUGGAAAGUCCGUCUGCAGUCCACACAAGCAUUGACAGUCUCUUCUACCUCCUCCUCCUCCUCUACUCCUGCCUCCUUCGGUCCACUCUACCACCUGAGCUACGCCCUCCGAGAUCUGCAGCCGGCCAGGGACUAUGAGGCAAUGGUGUCGGUGGAGAACAAGUACGGAUGGUCCAGCAAAUCUGAUGUGUUCAACUUUUAUACCAGGAGAGAGGUAGCAGUGGGUCGGUCCGCCAGUGGGUGUGGUGGUGGAGCGCUCCUCAGUGUGGCCUUCCUCCCCCUCACAGUCCUGCUGGCUGCCUCACCUCUCUGCUAAGGAUGCCACAGUUUAGCGAUUCUUGCUUCGUUUAGCUUUUGAUUGUAUUCUCUCUCUCUCUCUCUCUCUCUCUCUCUCUCUCUCUCUC